GUCACACCAGAUCUUGCCAGUCUCGCCCGUUGUGAUGAUUCGGCCUUAACAUAAUGCCUUUCUCUUAUUUUUCCACCGGGAUCCAAUCGCUGGGCAGUUUGGUAGCCCAGGCCCUCUCGCGAAUAUUUUUCUCGUUGUUCAUCUUGGCGAUCACUAUCGCCAUCUACAGGGUAUCCUUCCAUCCUCUGGCCCGUAUUCCUGGACCAAGACUGGCGGCGAUUUCAAGCUUCUGGCAUGCAUAUAAUGCUCGAAUGGGGCGUAUGGCAUAUCUUGGGAAGACACUUCAUAGAAAAUAUGGACCUGUUGUGCGUGUUGGUCCUAAUGAAGUAUGGUUUAAUAGCAAAGAGGCUUUUCAUGCCAUUUACAGUAGUGGAAGUGGUUAUGAAAAGUCUGACUUUUACUUGGCAACUGCCUUGAGCAAACCUCACAUUGAUUGGCAUCUCAACCCCGAAUUCCAAGAUACUCUCGAUCUUCUAUCAGAGCGAGAUGUGAGACGCUACCGUCUUCAGCGCCGACUCAUUGGGCCUGUGUACCAAACUUCCAAUCUCCUUCAGUAUGAAGCUGCAAUUGAUGAGGUUCUUGCACGCUCUAUCACCAAGCUAAAGACAUUGAACGGUGCUCAGAUUGAACUCAACGAGUGGAUGCACAUCAUCGCCGUCGAAUGCCUUGGUGCGGUCGUGCUAUCCUGGUCGCCAGGAAUGCUAAAGAAUGGCACUGAUAAUGGUUCUGGUGCUCACGCAUACCAUGGCUGGAGACGAAAAAGUGUCUUUGGUUUAUUCCCGAUGGCCGCUAAGUUGGAGUUCUUGCACAAGUCAAUCGGGCGACUCUUCAGUACGAUUUGGGGCGUAAACUUCCAACCGCCAAAGGACUUCCGGCCAUUCUUUCCGGAUGUAGGCAAAAGAGUCUCAAGACGUGUUAACGCAGCCACGAAAUCCAAGCUCAAUAAAGAUGGUCGCAAAGAUCUCCUAGCGGAUCUGAUCCAGCUGCAUAGAACUAAGCCUAACUUUACAGAACUUUACCUUCGCAAGAUGGCUGUGACCAACUUCGGUGCUGGGCAUGAGACCAUGGCAUCAACACUUACCUCGAUCCUUGCGCUACUAGGCUCGAACGAUGAUGUUCAAGCACAAGUAUCUCUUGAGGUCCUUGGGACAAGUAAUCCCGCCGAAUACUCCACUGCAACACGCUUGCCAGAGACGCAAUCACUCAUCAAGGAAGCCAAGCGGCUGUAUCCCGUCAUCAGCAUGUCAUUGCCGCGGAAGGUUCCUUCAGAAGGCCUUCAUCUUCAUGGCUACUAUUUCCUACCAAACACAACUGUGGGCUGUAACCCGGUAGCUCUACAUCGGAAUCCAGAUAUCUUUGGUUCGGAUUCGGAUAUGUUCAACCCAGCCCGUUGGUUGACUGCAGAUCCCGACGCAGCACGUGCAAUGGAACACGUCAAUCUCAGCUGGGGCGGCGGCUCCAGAUCAUGUCCGGGACGACAUUUAGCAGAGCUGGUAGUCUUCAAAGUCGUUCCCGCUUUGGUGAAGGAGUUUAAAAUCGACGUUGACUUGCCUCCCGAAGACAAGAAUCGCUCGGUUGCCGGUGUGCCGGCUCCAUCACAGCUGUCAUCUGUCUCCAGUUGCGCCCUUCGGACGACAUAUUCCGCAUUAUUAAUGUAUUUCCAUAAGUACCCAAGAGAGGGCCGUGUCGCUUAUGGCGUUUACGGCACUGGAAACCCAGUCGUCCUUAUCCACGGAACACCGUCCUCAUCCCUCAUUUGGCGCAACAUUGUUCCAAAGCUUGUCGAUGGUGGCUACAAGGUCCACGUCUUUGACCUUCUUGGCUUCGGCCUUUCAGAACGCCCAUGGGACUCAGCCGUCGACACUUCAAUGACAGGUCAAGUCGCAAUUUUAGAGGGCCUUUUGGAGCUUUGGGGUUUGGAGAAGACUCAUAUCAUUGCCCACGAUAUUGGGGGCGGUAUCGCACAGCGCUUCUCUGUAUUCUCGCCGGAGAGCGUUUUAUCUCUGACUCUUAUCGACGUCGUAAGCUUCGAUAGCUACCCUUCGAAGCGGACCAAACAGCAAAUGCAGAAUGGCCUUGAAGCCCUGAACAAGACAGACAGCGACCAACACCGAGCUCACUUCAGAGAAUGGCUGUUGUCCGCCGUCAAGAAUCCAGACAAGCUUGAGAAGUCAAGUCUCAAUACAUAUCUGGACUAUAUCUCGGGACCCAUUGGACAACCUAGUCUGUUUGAGCAUCAAGUUCGACACUAUGAUCCGAAGCACACGUUAGAAGUGGCGCCCCGUCUCGGUGAACUCGAGAAACUACCUGUGCAGUUGAUCUGGGGUGCCGAUGAUGCAUGGCAGGUGGUUGAUUGGGCCCACAAGCUUCACGAUGCUAUUCCUGGGUCAAAACUGAUGAUUGUGGAGGAUGCUGGCCAUUUCUCUCCUGAGGAUCAACCAGAAAAGAUAUCUGAGCUUCUUAUCAACUUUCUAGGGAAACAUUGAUGUCAAUGCGUACUGAUUAGACUAGACGGCUGAACUUGACAUAAUUGAAGG